CAAUUGAUUGUGUUCUUCAUGGCUGCAUCAUCUGGCUUCUCUAUAAAACCAGAUCCAUUUACUACAUCUUUUGCCUGCACUGUUUCUUGCUUUUGAUGCCAUGUUUUGUGCUUAACAUCAAUCCAAAUACCAUGGCUUUUCUCUUUCCUCAAAAGUCUUUCAUGUUUCUGGUUUUUUUUAUUAAUGUAAUACAAGGGUUGGGCAACAGAUUUGGGCAACAGAUUUGGGCAAUUAUCAUACUUGAUCUGAGCCCAAACUGAAAAAAGCUGUUAUUCUAUUCUCUGGGCACAAGUAUCAAAAUUUUUCUUCUCCUUUUACUUUUCACUGUUCUAAUUUGCUCAACUAGGUUAAAUUCUAUCAUAAUUAUGGUCCAUUCUGAUUUUUUAUGCUAUCUACCCUGAUAUAUAUAUAUAUAUAUAUAUUUUCAAAUAUUCUUUUCUUAAACUUGCAGUGAGCUUUCUAGCAGAUCUUGGUGGCCUAUAUUGCAUCUGUGUUGGGAUCUUUCUCUACCUCUUGGUGCAAUUUGAGUACAGAAUAAAAAAACUUCGCAAUGAAGAUAGCAUUUUACGGGGGAUCAGAAAUCGAAGAAAAGCUCAGGAACGCUGGGAUAAAUUGAGAAAAUAUGUAAUGUACACAUGGGGAUGCAACACAAUGAAUGAAGAUCAUAUCCACUCUCAAAAGGGAUCAACGUGUGGCAGUUUCAUGAUUUCAUCAACUCCUAGUAAAGGACCAUUCCCUCUCCGAGUAAGUUCAAGGAGGCAAAAGCUGCAAAAUAAAAAGGAUACCAUCAGUUUUAAUAAGAAAGUCAGCUUACCUGAUGAGAAGAAUAGCACUCUAGAACACACACCAACUCUGGAAUUGAAAUCCUUUACGACUGGAACUGCAUCAAACUUUGACAGGAAGUUGUCAAGUUCAACGAUUGAACCUGUAUGCUACUGCUCCCUCUUCUUUUUUGUUGAUCUUAUUUGAUAUGAAUUGAAUGGAUCAGAAGAUCUCAUUACUUGUACCUUUUCCCCUUCCUUCUUCGCCUUGACAAUUUUGAAUACUUUUACAGCUUUAUGACAUACUCUACUUAAUUUACUAGGCCUUGGAUGCACGCUCACAAAUUAUUAGCC